CUCGGAUCUGAAUGGACCUCCUUGCUCAGCACGUGACGUCAUGUAUGGGGGAAGGAAAAGAUAAACAAUAUGGCUGCCCUGUAAAGGUCUCAAGCACCGGAGCUGCAGCAUUGGGAUUUCGACCGAUUAUUCACUGAAAAAUAAAAAAAAUGUAACCAAGAAGCAACUUAGUCACGCAAUUCCUGCUUCUUUAACGCCAAAUCACUUGUGCUAGUCAGACAAGAAAAAUGCCAAAAACAGACUCAACCACAUACCAAUGCUCCGAGUGCAAGAUGACCUUUCAGGGCAAGCGCCGGGAGUUCAAGGCGCACUUGAAGCAGCACGAGGCGAACGCCGACGUCAGCUACGAGUGCAACCAGUGCGGCAAGUCGUUCUCGAAGAAGUUCCAGCUCAAGGACCACAUCCUCAUACAUACACAACCACUACGUUGCACUGAAUGUCCGCGAACCUUUGCCAGAAGUUACCAGCUAGACCAGCACCUCAAAAGCCACAGGGGAGAAAAACCGUUCCGGUGCAAGCUGUGCGACGUCGCGUUUAGCUCGUCGGGCAACCUGAAGGUGCACUUAAAGCGGCACCUCGGCCUGAAGGAGUUCAGCUGCGAGGUGUGCGGAAAGGCGUUCACCAGGCGGGAUGGACUGCAAAAGCACCUCUCCUGCUUCCACGGUGGAGAGAAGCCGUUUGAGUGCAACAUUUGCGGCAAGCGGUACAAGGGCCACCUGAUGCAGCACUUGCGCACCCACCUACAAGAGAAGCCGCACAAGUGCGACGACUGUGACAUGUGUUUCGUGCAGAGGUCACAGCUUGUUGUCCACCAACGCAUCCAUACAGGUGAAAAGCCGUAUCCCUGCACAGAAUGUGGGCGCAGGUUUGCCCACUCGACUGCACUGAAAUUGCACAUGCGACGCCACACCGGAGAAAAGCCGUUCAUAUGCCCUCUUUGCCCGUCGACUGCGUUUGUCCAGUUGCCCCACCUGAAGAAGCACAUGAGGUGCAUUCACAAAACAGACAACCCAUAUAUGUGUCUGCGGUGCCGAAAUUUCUUCAAGAAAAAGGCUGAGCUUGAUGCGCACGUGGAGCUGUGUAAAAUCAACGAGACGCUCCCACCUGGCAAGUGCAACAUGUCCACUCAGACCGAGGAGGAGUUUGAGUUGGCACUGGAGGCACCAGAUUCGGAUGGAAGCUGCCCUCCUGACGUGACGUGGAAGGCCAGCUCGGACAAGGAGAUGUCUCCAGCCAACGAGGCCGAGUGCCAGACUGAAAGUGAGGUAAAACCAACCAAAUCAAAAUCGGAAGCGAAAACUAGUCCCGCGAAACGAAAACCAACUGCCAAAGCGCCCGCUAAGGGCAAAAAACCCGUCAAGGGAGGUGUCAACAAAGGGGGCGGCAAGAAGGUGGUCGAGGCGAAGGCGUCGACGCGUUCUCUGCGCUCCAAGCCCAAGGAGGAUGAGGAAGAGAAGGAGGAGGCGGACAGCAAAAUCGUCUUUUCGGUGCAGUCUGAGCCCAUGUCGGCCGACCGGCUGCGGUUCCUCAUCGGCGAGCUGUUCAAGAAGAUCUCGGAACCAAAGCGGCUGCAGGCGCUCGGCUUCGGCAAGCGCUCUGUCGACGACGUUCUGGAGGAGUCGAUUGCCAAGUCAGGCCGCACGCCCUGCACCGAAAGCAUCCCCGAAAUCGACAAGCUGCGCAAAAACCUGGAGAUCCUGCUUGAGUGGACCAUCCCCAAGGAGCACUUGACCCAACUGCGUAACGAGGGCUGCACCACCGAGAACAUCCUUGAAGGGCUCGCCUCAUAAAUAUGAAACCGCCCCCUCCACCGCUCCCACACCCGCAGGCAUUUGUUUGUGAAAUCAGCUUCUUUUACCAAGUUAAAGAGUGUCCAAAACUGCCUUUUUUAAUUAAUCAGCUAAAAUCAUGACUUUUCAGCGUUCAUAGCCAUUUUUUUUUAAAAAAAAUAUGCUACUACAAUACCAAAAGAAAUUUUGCUGCUGUUUUCUAAGCACACAGAUUUUUUUAAAAUCAAAAUCUCUUCAAAUUAUCGCUGAAGAAACGGUAGCAAGAAAAAAUAAAUCCUAAAACGCAUAUUGGACCAAAUUGUUUUAAAUUAUUGAGAUAAAUUUUUUGCAGCAAAAUGAUAACCCAAUUUUUUUCUUGGUCCCAUCUACUAAUUGCUGCAAUCUCAUAUUAUCAAUAAAUCCUUUGAUAAAGAACCCAAAAAUCAAGGGACCAGGCUCUGUGCAAUUCAAUGGCGGUCAAUGGUGUUUGCAAUGGAUAACUCUUUAACUAUGCAACGAACGAUGAAUUACUGAUUUUGUGUUGAAUCCUUUUAAGUUUAUUAUUUGUAUGAUUUUAUGUGUUGUGACCCAAUCAUGAAAAGAGACUCCUGUAGUCUUUUAGAAAUUCACGGUCUGCAGUAGUCAAGCAGACCAACCUAAACCAAAGUGUUUGUUCCCUCAUAUAUAAUUAUGUGUUAACCAGUCAAUUAAUGUUUGUUUACACAAAUCUCCUAUUCUCCUUGCCUUUAAAAUGUGUCGACUUUCAUUUUCCAGAGAUUUAUCAAAUUUAUUGUCACCUGGUCUGCGUGUGGAACAUUUGUUGUUGUGUUUGAAGAGUUGUUAUAUUAAUUACCGCGUUUUCAAUUCUGGCAGAAAUGUCAUUACUCGGACAAUAUAAGUACUAAUCAUCAAAUUUAGUCUUUUUCAACUGGUCAGUGUGAAAUAUUUGAACGUUUAUAUUCAAAAUCUAAUACCUAAAGUGGAACCAUAUUAAUUGUGUUGUGCCAUCUUAGCAGUUAUAGUCAUUUCAAACCGACUCACGAGAUAAUACCACUUUAAGAUAUCAUAGAUAUUAAGCGUAAUAAUGAUAAGUCACUCCUAAGGGAAGUGUAAUUUAUGUGUUACCUAAUACUAGUGUAUGUGUGCGGAAAUAUUUCAAAUAUAUUUAUUAUUUGUGCAUCAACGUGGUAUUCCAUGAGAGGAAUUAAAACUUCGUGACGCGUGGACCCAGACCCCGUUUUCUAGGAAGUGCGAGACAGGAGUUCAUCCUGUGUAAGUGGGCGCGGACAAAAUCGAUUGAUUUUUGUUCUGUUUUGUUUCAUUUUUUUCCUAGUUGUGCCAUUAAAUAACGUUUAAGUCUUGCACAAGAUUGCCCACCUCAAGAGGUGCUGUAUCAAACCAAAUGUGUUUGUUAGUCUGAUGUGAGUAAAUUUCUCCAAAUAAUAUAAUGUUCCUUUAUAGUCGAUUUUGUAUUUUUAAGCAAAUUUUUAUUUCUUAGAAAUGCAUUUUAUUGUUAGUCGAGAUCCAAAAAAAUAGAGUUUAUUUUAAUUUGUGUGCCACUUUAUGUUUUGAGUGCCAAUCUAUUGAUGGGAAAUAAAUAUUAAAACUACAA